AUGCCGGCCACAUCCCAGACAUCUUCACUCAUGUUGUCAGAAGGUGCCACCACCAGCGUGCAUGGCGCUUCUCACCAGGGCGCUUCUCACCAGGGCGCUUCUCAUCAGAACCAGGCUCUUCCUAUGUCACCACUUGCUGCCUGCUCUGUUGAUAGCCAUGCCUCCAACGCCUCCUCGGUCAGGCCUGCCUUACCUGCAUCUGAUGCGCCGCAGACUCCACAAAGUGUGAAGAGCACGGCUAAUUACAAGGACAAGUCUGAAAAUCCUGUUGUGAAGCUUUCUAAGAGUGCUCUGGUGCCACAAAAGACAUCCACUAGGAAAAGGUCCCGUCCAACAAGCAAAGGAAACGUGGCCAAGAAACUCAUGAUUGAUGAUGAGGCCGAGGAAGACGACGGUGGCAGCAGCGGGGGUGCAGCCUCUGCUGAUCAGCAAAGUCUCCCUCUCUACAGCCGCCACCCCCUUCUCUCCCGUGCACAGCUGCCGCCUCCUCUUUCUUCCUCCCGAGCGCCGCCUCCAGCCGGCUCCCCCUACAGCCGCCGCUUCCACCGCCCCUGCCUCUCCCCUGCACGCCGCACUCCUCGUCGCCUGCGCGCCGCAUGGCCGGCGCUCGGCCGCCGCCCUCGCCAAGCCCGACGCGCCGCCGGCCCCUGCGCAGCAGCCGGUCGCCGCCCGUGCGCGCGCUCUGCGUGGCCGCUGGAUCGAGGAGGCCUGGCUGCUCGCAAGCUCUCCAGGCGGCAGCACGGACUCUUCUUCCCUGAGCAGGGGAAGAUCCUCACGCUACCUGUGCUCAGGGCGAACAGCGGCGGGCUCGUCGUCAAGUUCAACUCCCUGCAGGGGUUCGUGCCCAACCCUCUCCUCAGCCCCGUGCACUGGUGCAGAGACCCAAAAAGGCCCAUCCAAGAUGUUAGCAAGGACCUAGUAGGAACGUCCAUUUCUGUCAAGGUUAGGUUUCUUGUGCGAGCUGGGAGGCAGGUCCAGGAAGUGUAUUUGACAUCUUCCCUAGACCAGGAGGGCAUAAAGAAGGCUGUGCAAAGAGUGCUAGGGCGUGUUCCUUGAGUCUGACACACAGCAAGUAGAAACAAAGGUGUGCCUGUCCUCCCCAAUUUUCUAACUAUAUAUGAAGCAUUAUAGCAAAUCAACAGUACUAGCAAACAGCCUGAAAUAUCCGUCACUGUCACUACACUCUGCUAAACUUUUUAUCAUCUCUGUUGGAUACUACACCAACCAAAAUCUGUAAAUAUUUAUAGCACAGCAAUGAGUAGUUUAGCCAUCCUUUGUGCAUCCUCUACACAAGCAUGUCGUUAAGCGGUGGUUCUAUGUAUUUGCUGGGUCUGCCUUUUGAUGUCACUGCUUGGACUUGUCUGACUCUGAACUCUUGAGGCGGUUUUAUGUAUAUGAUGAGUAUAGCAAAGUUUUAUGUCAGCACUAACUUGUUCAGCAACUUCUG